AUGGUGCGCAAGGCGAAGGUUGAGUUCGACGAGCAGCCGCCGGAUAACUUCGACCCGAAGAACCCGUAUGGGGACCCGGUGGCGAUGCUGGAGUACCGGGAACACCUGGUGCGGGAGAAGUGGAUCCAGAUCGAGACUGCCAAGAUCAUCCGGGAGCGCCUCCGCUGGUGCUACCGCAUCGAGGGCAUCAACCACCACCAGAAGUGCCGCCACCUCGUCGACCAGUACCUAGAGUCUACCCGCGGCGUGGGUUGGGGCAAGGAUGCUCGCCCGCCCGAGUUCCACGAGCCAAAGAAGACCGUCGAGGCGGAGUAG